AUGGUACAAGAUAAAAGAGAAUUAUUAAAACAACCAUUACAUGGGAUAUAUAUCCCAGUAUUAUUGAUAUUAUUUGGUACUUGGAUUUUCAGUUGGUCUUAUAUGCCAUAUAGUAUUGCAUUUAUUGUAAUAAUUUUAUCUUAUAAAUUUUAUGGUGCUUUAUCAAGAAGAUCUUCAUUACAUAAAGUUAAAUGGCAAGAUUUUGAAUUAAUAGAUAAAACUUUAAUUGCACCAAUGACAUCUAUUUAUAGAUUUAAAUUGAAUAAUGAAAGAGAAAUUUUAGAAAUUCCAACUGGUCAUCACGUUGCAUGUUGUUUUACCAUAGAUGGUAAAGAUGAAAUUAGAUAUUAUUCACCAAUUUCGAAUCAAUUUGAUGUUGGCUUUUUUGAUAUUUUAGUUAAGCAUUAUAAAAAUGGGGUUGUCACAAGAAAAUUGUCAAAUUUGCAAAUCGGUCAAACAUGUAAAUUUAGAGGACCAUUCGGAAAAUUAGAUUAUCAGCCAAAUAUGUGUAAAGAAUUGGGAUUAAUUGCAGGUGGAACUGGUAUAACUCCAAUUUUACAAGUUAUAACUGCUGUAAUUACAAAUUUAGACGAUAAUACUAAAAUUAAUUUGAUUUUUGCAAAUGAACAUGAAAAGGAUAUUCUAUUAAAAAAUGAAUUAGAUGAUAUUGCAAGUAAAUAUCCUAAUUUAAACAUUUAUUAUACUUUAACUUAUGCACCAGAAAAUUGGACUGGAGGUGAAGGUUACAUAUCAAAAGAAAUGAUUGAAAAUUACAUGCCAAAACCAAUUGAAGGUAAUCAAAUAUUUAUAUGUGGUCCGCCAGAAAUGAAAAAAAUGUGUAUCGAAUUAACAAAUGAAAUAGGUUGGAAUAAAGAACAAGUAUUUUGUUUCUAG